AGAGUUGACUUUGGAGAGCGAGCCGAGGGAAGAGUUGACUUUGGAGAGCGAGCCGAGGGAAGAGUUGACUUUGGAGAGCGAGCCGAGGGAAGAGUUGACUUUGGAGAGCGAGCCGAGGGAAGAGUUGACUUUGGAGAGAGAGCCGAGGGAAGAGUUGACUUUGGAGAGAGAGCCGAGGGAAGACUUUACUUUCGAGAAAGCGCUGACUUUCGAGAGAGAGAUUCCACCAACAUUGGCUGCAAAACCCACUCUGAAGACUCAUCUACACUGAACAAAAAUAUAAACACAACAUGCAACAAUUUAUAAGAUUUUACUGAGUUACAGUUUAAAUAAGGAAAUCAGUCUGUUGAAAUAAAUUAAUUCAGACCUAAUCUAUGGAUUUCACAACUGGGAAUACAAAUAUGCAUCUAUUGGUCACAGAUACAGAAAACUAGUUAGUAUCUGGUGUGACCACUAUUUGCCUCAUGCAGCGCGACAUAUCCUCUUCGCAAGUUGAUCAGGCUGUUAAUUGUGACAUGUGGAAUGUUGUCCCACUGCUUUUCAAUAGUUGCUGGGUACUGGCGGGAACUGGAACACGCUGUCGAUCCAGAGCAACCCCAAACAUGCUCAAUUAGUGACAUGGUUGGUGAGUAUGCAGGCCAUGGAAGAACUGGGAUUUUUUUUGAUUCCAGGAAUUGUGUACAGAUCCUUGCGACAUGAGGCCGUCCAUUAUCAUGCUGAAACUUAUUAAGGUGAUGGCGGUUAAUGAAUGGCACGACAAUGGGCACGACAGGAUCUCGUCACGGAGUCUCUAUGGAGUCAAAUUGCCAUCAAUAAAAUGCAAUUGUGUUAAUUUUCCGUAGCUUUAUGCCUUCCCAAAUCAUAACCCCACCGCCACGAUGGGGCACUCUAUUCACAACGUUGAGCUUCCCUGAGAUCGUUUCUGGCAAGUUUGUGCCGAAAUUCUUCUGUUUUGCAAACCCACAGUUUCAUCAGCUAUCCGGGUAGAUGGUCUCAGAUGAUCCCGCAGAUGAAGAAGCCGGAUGUGGUGGUCCUAAAACUUUUAGAGAAAUACAUUUUUUUGGUGCAUAUGGAACAUUUCUGGGAUAUUUUAUUUCAGCUCAUGAAACAUGUGACCAACACUUUACAUGUUGCGUUUCUCCUUUAUCAUUUCACAAUACAAUCAAAUCAAGCCACAUUUGAAUUCCAAGCCAAUGUCACCACAUGAGCGCUAGAGGGUAGCAGAUGCGUUGUCUAGUAUGUUUCGACAGCGUUUGUCUGCUACUGCUUGCCGUAGUUGCCGGGUAUUGGAGGUCAGCUGGAGGGGGUGUGCGUCUGAAAUAUUUCGUGCAAAAUGUCAUGAAAGUACAGAAAAUAAAGGAAUAUAGCGUUUUAAACAAUUAUGUCAUUUACAAGAAUGUGUAUCGCUGUUGAGCGUGGAACUUCAAUUGUACAAGAAGCGAGAGAAAAGAUAACAAAUUAACGGAGAAAUUCCUCCGUCCGUUUUGUCCUACAAAGAAAGAGGCGCCGACCACAGUUUGACAGCGCAGUCUAAACUGCGCAGGCCUGGCAUUAGAUAAACUGCUGUAGGGCGGCAUCAAAGAAUAUAUGAUAUUUAUGAAAGAACAAAGACUUUAUUGAUUUGUGAAUAAAAAACAGUUGCAAAUAUGAGGAAGGACGUGAGGAUAUUACUCGUUGGGGAACCCAAAGUGGGGAAGACGUCUCUGAUCAUGUCACUGGUCAGCGAGGAGUUCCCUGACGACGUUCCCCUUCGAGCGGAGGAGAUCACCAUCCCAGCAGACGUAACUCCAGAGAGAGUCCCCACACACAUAGUGGACUACUCAGAAGCAGAACAGUCAGACGAGCAGUUGUAUCAAGAAAUAUCAAAGGCAAAUGUUAUUUGCAUAGUUUACUCAGUCAACAACAAGAAGUCCAUUGAGAAGGUGACAAGCCAUUGGAUUCCCCUCAUAAACGACAGGACGGACAAGGAUAGCAGGGUACCACUGAUCCUGGUGGGGAAUAAGUCAGACCUGGUAGAACACAGCAGUAUGGAGACCAUCCUGCCCAUCAUGAACCAGUACUCUGACAUUGAGACCUGCGUGGAGUGCUCUGCCAAAAACCUGAAGAACAUCUCAGAGCUGUUCUACUAUGCCCAGAAGGCAGUGCUCCACCCUACAGGACCCCUGUACUGCCCAGAGGAGAUGAAGCCGUCUUGCAUCAAGUCUCUAACUCGCAUCUUCAAAGUGUCGGACCUGGACAACGAUGGCAUCCUCAACGACAAAGAACUCAACUUCUUCCAGAGGACGUGUUUCAACAUGCCCCUGGCGCCCCAGGCCUUAGAGGAUGUCAAGAACGUGGUGAGGAAGAACAUGACGGACGGAGUUGAGGACAACGGACUCAAUCUCUCUAAGGUGAGACUGACGCUCAAAGGGUUCUUGUUUCUGCACACGCUUUUCAUCCAGAGGGGGCGUCACGAGACAACCUGGACGGUGCUGCGGAGGUUUGGGUACGACGACGACUUGGAGCUUCACCAGGAAUACCUGUUCCCCCUGCUAAAAAUACCUGCUGACUGCACCACCGAGCUCAACCACAACGCGUACCUCUUCCUCCAGAGUGUCUUCGACAAGCACGACAAAGACAGAGACUGUGCCUUGUCUCCAGAGGAAGUCAAGGACCUGUUCAAAGUGUUUCCCUACAUGCCCUGGGGCCCCGACGUCAACAACACAGUGUGUACCAACGACCAGGGCUGGAUCACGUACCAGGGUUACCUGUCACAGUGGACGUUAACGACGUAUCUGGAUGUGCAGCGCUGCUUGGAGUACCUGGGCUACCUUGGCUACUCAAUCAUCUGUGAGCAGGAGUCCCAGGCAGCAGCCAUCACAGUGACCCGUAACAAACGCAUCGACCUGCAGAAGAAGCAGACGCAGCGCAGCGUGUUCCGCUGUAACAUUCUGGGAGCCAGGGGGAGUGGCAAGACCAGCUUCCUGCAGGCCUUUCUGGGUCGCAACCUGCUGAAACAGCGGAAGAUCAGAGAAGACCAUAAAUCGUUUUACUCCAUCAACACCACGUAUGUCUACGGCCAGGAGAAGUACUUACUGCUUCAUGAGGUGAUGCCAGACUUUGACUUCCUCUCAGAAGAGGACCUGGCGUGUGACGUGGUCUGUCUGGUGUAUGACGUCAACAACCCGCGCUCCUUUGAGUACUGUGCCAAGGUCUACAAGCAAUACUUCAUGGACAGCAAGACGCCGUGCAUGAUGAUCGCCUCCAAGUCAGACCUGCACGAGGCGCGCCAGCACUACAGCCUGACCCCGCUGGACUUCUGCCGCAAGAACAAGCUGCACCCGCCCCAACCCUGGACCUGCAACACGGUGGACACCCCCAACAAGGACCUCUACACCAAACUCACCACCAUGGCCAUGUACCCGCACAUGGCUCAGGCAGACCUGAAGAGCUCUACGUUUUGGCUAAGGGCAAGCGUGGGGGCAACCGUGUUUGCAGUCCUGGGCUUCGCUAUGUACAGAGCUAUCCUCAAACAACGAUGAUCAAGACGGACACAGGAUACAUGAGAUGACCCUUGACCCGCCCCCCACCGCCUAGUCUCUGCCCGUUGACCCCUCAUCGCCUCCCUGAAAGAAAACAUGACCUCCAACAUCCCACAAUCCUCUGCUCCCCUUUCCCAAAAAAGAGACAACUACUGAAUGAAACGGAACUUCCAGCCCAUCUGAACCAGCCCUGAUCCCACAUCCACCCUACCGGAGAAGGAACAAACUGGAGAAACCAUAGAUUGAUUUUAUAUAUUUGAAACGGAGAAAAAAACUUGUCAUCAAAUGUUUUUUGUUUUUCUUUGGGGGAAAAAAUGUCACCACAAACUCACAUUGUAUUUUUUGAACACCAUCUAAUCAAUCUACCGCAGGCAUUCUGGUAUCGUGUGAUCUGGUCGAGUCUUGGGGUUUUUUCUUCUCCAGGUCAGACAGUAGCAGUUGCUGAUUGUUUUUAAAUCUGUGUAGAACCCGGUCUUUUUUCUCAGGUCAGUAUUAUAGCUAGCUGGUUUGACCCCCAGAGCCCAGGAGAAAGCAAAGAAGGCAGCCGCAUACAACUCACUACAAAAGGGACUGAAAAUAUUUGUUUAUAGGUAUGUGUGUGUAUAUAUAAAUAUAUAUAUUUGCUCGGGUACUUAGAGAAAUACCCAACUAGAUUACGGCGUGAACAAAGCUUGCCAGGAUCAAAGCAUUCAGUUCUGUAACACCUCAACAGUGAGCCUACAGGAAGAGCUGCAAAGUCAAAGCCAUUUUUAACUUGAAAAGGUCAUGGGUUUCGUGCGUUUCAAUCGCUAUUAAUUUAUUAACCUGUUUUCUUUGGUUUAUCAGUUUGGAAUGGUUUGUUCAGCAUUGCAUGAAACAGACGCACUUCUAGAGGAUAAUGCAUUCAUUUCCCAUGUGUUUUUGUAUAUCUAGUAUUAUCAAAGCCGUUAUUAAUAAUGACAUCCAUCAUUCACUAACUCUGAAAGACAAAAUACUACAACAUUAUCAUGACUGCUUCUUCCUCCACUUGUUUUAUUUUCCUGUUUUUAAAAUAGCUUUUUUCCUUUCAUAUUGUGAUUCUAUUUGUCUGUUCCACUGUUAUGCCUCCAGAUUCCACUAUGUUAUUAACAGCCAUGCAGUGCACCUCUGACUCCCUCCUUGGACCAUGGACAGAACUGUUUAUUCUCAUUGACUUUUCCAACAUUUACAAUAAAGAACUGUGUGAUCUGA